CCGGAAACUGGCUAUAGCUACGCGUUUAUAGAGGUAGUCAAAAGUCCAGGCAGUAGACUUUGAUAGUCCUGUAACAAUUUUUUAGAUUUUGGUUGAACCUUAUCUUCAAUACCGCAUGAACUGCAGGGUGAUGUUGAGGAGUGUAUUCAGGUGCCUUAGGACCAAUCCUGUCGCUGGCCAAAGAAGCAUGUCUCAAAGCAGCCUUGCUGGAAAGGUAGCCGUUGUCACUGCCUCCACAGAUGGUAUUGGUCUAGCUGCAGCUCAGGCUCUGGGAAAGAGAGGAGCUCAUGUGGUGGUGAGCAGCCGGCGGCAGACCAACGUGGACAAGGCUGUGGCGCUGCUGCAGAGCCAGAGCAUCCAAGUGACCGGGACCACCUGUAAUGUUGGCAUAGGGGAAGACAGAGAGAAACUGGUUCAACUGACUCUGGAUCAGUGCGGGGGCAUUGAUAUCCUGGUGUCCAACGCAGCAGUCAACCCUUUCUUUGGAAGCGUCAUGGACUCCACGGAGGAGGUCUGGGACAAGAUCCUGUCUGUAAAUGUGAAAGCCGCCUUCCUAAUGACCAAGUUGGUGGCGCCUCAUAUGGAAAAAGGGGUGAGGGGGAAUGUAGUAUUUGUGUCAUCUGUGGCUGGAUACCAACCAAUGCAGGCUCUGGGCCCUUACAGUGUGAGUAAGACAGCACUGCUGGGUCUGACGCGGGUGCUGGCCCCUGAGCUGGCUCACAGUAACAUAAGAGUCAACUGCGUGGCCCCUGGAGUCAUCAAGACCCGCUUCAGCUCUGCGUUAUGGCAAAAUGAGGACAUCAUGGACGAUUUCAAAAAGCAGCUCUGCAUUAAAAGAGUGGGACAGCCAGAGGAAAUCGGGGGAGUGAUUGCCUUCUUGUGCUCAGAGGAGGCUUCGUACAUCACUGGAGAGACCAUCACAGUGACGGGAGGGAUGAGCUGUCGACUCUGAAGCUCCAGUGGCAACUGAACAAAUUAGCACUUAAUGUUUUGAUUAUAUUUUGACUACUCUUCUAAAGUGCCAGAAUAGAUUUGGAAACCUUAAAGGGACCAUUCAGCCCCAAAUCAAAUACACCUAUUUACCUUGAUCGUUUUGGUGUGAGUUGCUGAGUGUUGGAGAUGUCUGCCUUCUCUCCAAUAUAAUGGAACUAGAUGGCACUCAGCUUGUGGUGCUCAAAGCGCCAAAAACGUACAUGUGAAAAACUCAAGUGUGAUGUCACUGCCCAGAAAUCAUGACCUGGUUACUCAAGAUAAUCCACAGACCUUGUUGCGAGCAGUUUCAUGUAGGAACUAUUUUCUUUCUACCAAACAUAUCACUGCGCAAAAGGAAGUGUGCAUCUACUCAACAUUAAUGGUGUCCUCCUCAGCUAAGCUCAGUCGCUAG